ACUUGUCUUCUGAAGUUUUUCUAUCUUCACUAUUGAUUAUGACUUAUUUUUCUCUUAAUUAGAUUUUAGUUUAUUAAUAUAUAGAGAACAAAUUUCAUGAAAAAAAACUUAAUGGAUAUGGAGCUAAACUGACAUCUUGUGAUUUGACUGUUGUCUGUUACCCUUGUCUGUGCCACCACAGAAACGUCUAUCUUUUACUUGUAGAGGACUUUGUUUAGAGGAGCGUUGAGCCUGUGAUUAUAAAGUGAAUUCAAAGUAUGUUAUUCCAAAAAAAUUCAAAGAUUAAAAAAAAGGGGAGAGGAAGGAAGUGGGAGGGAUAAGAAAAUGGGAGGAAAGUACUGAUCAUUUAAAGCCUUCAGGGUAUUAGAUACUCAAGUAUCAGAGCACUUAUGAGAGAUACAAACUUCAUCAAGCUUCUAGUUUGCACUUUUGUAGAUAUUUAAAAAUUAACACGGAAUACACAAGUGCAGAGGUCAUAUGAUUGUAAGGCAGAGUUAACAGGAAAUAGUUAGCACUUGAGGAUUUCUUGAUGGAUCUUAAACAUUGGACAAUGGUUACGCAGAUGAUACAGCCGAGAUGCAGGCUGUGAGGCAAUGUGGAGAUUGAGAGCCACAGAGGAUCACUGUCAUCUCCAAGUCAGAGGGACACAGGGGAAGAGGCGGGCUGAGGCACAUCCCAUGCCUGAGAUUUUCCAGAGACGCUUGGCACUGUCCAGAAGAAUGCUGUGGUAUGGGAAAGAUGCAGACGCCCUUGCAGCCCCUCUGAGAGUGGAGAAGGGGUGGGGGUGGGGCUGGGCUGCUCCUUUGGCUUCUUAACCAACCCCUCCCUGCCAAUCUCCUAUCUCUCUUCUCUCCCUCACCUGAGCCCAAUGGAAGCCACAGACAGGGGCACCUGAGGAACACAGGCUGCUGUGUGACUAGGAAGACGACCAGGACUGAGUCUUAGAUCAGAAAAGCACUGCAGACAUCAAAGAUCUCUAAAGAGCGGAGGCUGAUGAAACAACACAAGCAAGUGUGGUGGCAGGAGCACCACAGGCUCAAUCAAGCCAGAACCAAAAUUGAAUCUGAAAUAAAAUGCUUUCUCAAUGAAGACAAUGUUGGAAAUGAAUGUCUUUGUGACCUUAAAAAUUUUGAACAAGAGUUAUCAGAACAAUGGUGCACAUUUCUUAAGAAUGUGAUCAACCCCAUUCAGCAGUUGAGGGCAGAUCUCAAGCACACGGAGCCUCAUAUCUUUCGGCCUUCGCAUCCCCACACUGAAGUUAACUCAGCGAAAGUACUGCAAGAGGUUGACUUUGUGAAGAAACAAUUGAAAGCUGUCUUCGAAAGACUUAGCCUGGAGCGACAGGAAAUAGAAACUGAUCUUUCAGACUGGAAUAUGAAAAUACUGGAUCAUUCUUUGGAAGAGAAAACUAACCUGCUAAGUGAACUUCCCACUGAAUUAGAAGCUUUGGACUGCCCAUAUCCCGAGUUGAAAUCUGCGAUCCUUAAUGAGUUCUGUAACUUUACAGAGAAAUAUCGAAAGAAACUUCAAGAUGCUGAUCGGCAGUUGGAAGACAUAUUCAGAAACUUCCAACUCAAUGAAGGAGACCAUUGGAUUUAUCAAGCUGUUUUGGACCAAUAUCCUGGAGAUCUCUAUGGCAGAAGGACUCUCUAUCUGGACAUGUUACAAAGAUACUUUCCUCACAAAUCUAGGCAUGAUUUGGUUGAACAUGAGAAAUAUUGUGACCAAUAUCACUUUGCUAGGGAGCAGCGAAGGAUACUGAUGUCAAAUUGGCGUAAGAACAGGAAAGACUUUAUACAGAGGGCUGUGCUGACCCUCGCAGAGGCUUGUGCAACUCAUGAAAUGGAAAGCACCUUGGCCAAGGACAGGAAAAGGCAACAGGAGUUGUGUGCUGAUCUGAAAGCCAAGGUACUUCAAUGGCGAGCCCACCAGGAAGAGGUAGCAAUGUUGGAAAUGGAAAUUUCUGAGAGAAGAAGAGAAAAGGAAAAGGAGAGAGAGAAACUGUGGAAGAAGAAAGAAUUGUUACAGAGAGAAGAGAAGAAAGAAAAGAUAAGAAAAUACUGGGCUAAGAAAGAACAAAAGUGGCAAGAAAUGGAAAUGAGAGAUCUCCAGCGUCUAGAGGAACUGAAGAAAUUAAUCGCUGAACAGUUGGCAAAAGACAAAGAGAGGGUAAAAUAUAGACAAGAUUUAUUGGAAAAGCGUUUGAUGGAGAAAAGGGAAGCAGCCCUCCAAGAAGCACACGAAGAAGAAGAGAGAGAGAGGCGGCUGGAGGCCCUUAGGCAACAGGUUGCUGUUGUCGCUCAAUUUGAUCCCAUUAGAAUGAUGUCAGAUACAAUGGCAUCCAAAGCUAGAAUGGAUACUGAAAUUGAAGAAUUUAUUCUUCAAAAGCCACUCUUCACUUUGAACACAUACAAUGAAAAGCAGAUAAUUUCUGACCCUAGACUUCGCGUGGAGUUAGCACUUCGAGAAGCUGGGCUUCAUAAAACAUGUUAUGCCAAAGAGAUAUUACCAAAAAUCAGUCCUCAAAAACCUCCAAGAAGGGACAUGGAGUCUACCGUGUUUAAAACCUAGAGGUCAUCCUCAAAUACUAUUCUAUGUAAACAAUAUUUUUCUUCAGAAACACUGAUAUGAAUAACUAUAAUUGCUACUCUCCAAAUUUUUAAAUAUAUCUGAAAUAGAAAUGCUUGCAUUUAUUAAAAUAAUUUGACCUUUCUUCUCAUGAUUUUUAUAAUUGUAUGCACUAUUUCCUUAUCUUUUUUAUUUAUAUAAAUGGAACAAAUUUCAUGUAUUUCAGAUAUACAGAUUUAAGAGCAUAUUGAUACGUCCCAACCUUCCCUCUCUGCCUUCCUCCCUCAUUCCCACCUUCCAUCUAACUUCCUUCAUUAUUUUUCUUUUAACUUUUAUGAUAACAUACUUUCAAUUGACUUUAUAAUCACAAGCUUAACCCUCCACUAAAUAAAGAAUUCAACAAGUGGUAAGUAGAAAAAACACUGAGUCUCAAUAGUAUAGACAAGGGCUAUAAACAAUAAUCAAAUCUUAAAAUGUCAAUAUCUUUGUUGUAUUUAAUAGUCCCAAAUUCUCCAACAUUAUGAACCCUAAUUAUGGCACAUGGGUUCCAAGUACUAUCAUUUAAUAAACUGUGUUUUAAAGUUGUGUUAUCCCAUGAAACGAGAUCAAAAUAAACAUUUGUGAGAAUUAUAUGUUAUGUAGCUCCUACCUGCUAAUGUUCAUUUCUGCUUGUUUCAGAAUUUCACUUUUUAAUUAUGAAAGCAUCAUUAUCAUUAAGACUUCUAUUAUUUCUUGAUUAUUAUAAGAGGAGACUCAACCUUCCUCUAAAUUUAGAAACCAAUUUGGUACAUCAUGUUUACUGCAAACCAAUCAUCCAAACAAUUUCAUUUUGCAAAUUAGCCCUUAAGAAUAAAUUAGGAAUUAGAAAUAGCAUUUGAAGGAUGAGAAAUACCUGUUUUGGUUUGGAAAGAAUGUAUUUGUGUGGUUGUUUAGAAAGAAUGCUUUUAAAUUUGUAAUAUUUGGAAGGCUGUCAAAUGAUCCAAAUUGUUAAAUAUAUAGGUGAUUUUAUAGAAAAGGAGCAUUUCAAGUGAAACUCAAGAACAAAUUUUGACUAUUUCUAAAAAGUGACUGUUCACUCAAGCAAAUCAAUGUCGUUGAAAGAUGCUAUUGUUACUAUUAAAAAGACUACCCACUUUUUUUCUCUCGAUUGCAGCUCCCUGCUAUUUCCCACCCACCUCCAGCUCAGGGGUUGCAAUCUAUAUGCAAUUAUUGGAAGAACACAAAAAAGACAAAACUCAGGACAACUGGUGAAAUCUUUCUUCAUGAUUGUUCACAACAUCAUGAAAAUAAGUAAUACAAGUCCAGACCAUCAGAAUAAACGUUAUGAAAGAUUCUUUGGGCAAAAUCCUAUAUGCCUUCCAAAAGUCUAUGCUAAUGUGCUCCCAGUUCAGCUUUUUUGUAUCAUUGUAACAUCUCAUAAAAAGAGGAGAAGGAGUGGCUGGCACUGUGGCAUAGUGGGUAAAGCAGCCACCCGCAGUGCCAGCAUCCCAUAU